AUGAGAAUUUAUGGGAAAGUCGCGUUUCGCCUUGGAAACGACCUACGUGUUUCUGGUGGUAACGCGAGGAACCAAGUUUGCUCCAACCUUCACCUGAAUCCUUCCCAGCUGCAGGGUUUCUUUGCACCAACCUUCACCAAUCGUAAACCGUUCGCUACGUGGAAAUUUAAUGAUCGAAGAGAUAACAACCGGCUUCCGAGGGAUCGACAUAGGUCAAGGAGAGGCUUCGAUUAUGAAUUGGACAACGGUCGGUGCAAGUUUAAAGAGAAGGAGGAUGUGUCGUACAAAAUCUGGCGUGCACAAAAAAAUGAUGACUAUCCUCAUGGUGAAAAGUACGAGGAGACCGGCGGAGAAAUAAACGAUGGCGUGCGGAAAGGAUUUUCUAGGUCAAUUUACGACUCUGAAUCGUUUGAGAAAGAAGCAUACGAAAGAUAUCAGCGGGAGGAGGACAUUGAACCG